UCUCUUCUUACAGUAGAGAGAGAAAAAAAGGAGAGAGAGAGAGAUUCUUUCUUCUUCAGUCCUGUCUCCUCAGAGUUCUGAUAACCCAUUUUCUUGUCUUACCUCUUCACCACUUCCAAGUGGCAGAGUUACAGAGAGGGAGAGAGAAAAACGAAGUCGUUGGGUGAAGAUGGUGGCGGAGCCGAGCAGUUCGAGUUCGACAGGCGAAGUCGAAAAUGGCGGCGGCGGCGGCGGAGGAGGCGGAGGAGGAAAGAGGACGGUGGUUGUGGGUGUGAAGCUGGACUCUCGGAGCAAGGAGUUGCUGACGUGGGCCCUCGUCAAAGUCGCUCUUCCUGGUCACCAAGUCAUUGCUCUCCAUGUCCUCGACUCCUCCACUGAGAGUACGUCCUCUUUGCUCUCUCUCAUAAACACCUUUGAUUCCGUCCUCUCAGUCUACGAAGGCUUCUGCAAUUUGAAGCAGGUUGAUCUGAAGCUCAAAGUGUGUAGGGGAAAAUCUGUAAGGAAAAUUCUGGUGAGAGAAGCCAAGUCCUACCCUUCAGCCACACUUGUCGUCGGAGUAUCCAAAACCAACCACAGAAUCCGCUCCUCGGCUUCCGUUGCCAAGCACUGCGCCGCUAAAUUGUCCCGAUGUUUUGGUGUUUUCGCGGUUGAUAAUAGCAAAGUUGUCUUUAAGAGGGAAACAAAAAUGGAUAGUAAUCAAUCUAAUGGGAAUGAGAAUUACGGCGCCUUAGUUCACAAGAAUGUAAAGUUACUUAUUGAGGCUGAGCUUAACAAGUAUAAAUGUCACCAUCGCAUACGAAAAUCCUGUUCUAAGUGUAGAACCAAAACCCCCAAGAGGGAUUGUUAUAUCUCUGAGUCGGAUUCAGUGGUGCCCGAUGAUUCUGUCAGCGAAUUAGAGGACGAUUUGUCGGUGUGCAACAGUGAGGACAAUUCAUUGGCUUUGGUACCGAUUCAGCCAUAUCAAGCUGCUUCUGGUUCCUUGGCAAUUCAAGAUUCUCGAUUCUUGAAUCCGGGUUGGGCACUUCUGCGUCGUCUGUUUUUGCCGUUUCGGCAAUCCAUUGAGGCAUCUGUUAAAAAGUCGUCCAGGUUCCAAUGGGUAUUGAGACUACCAAGUUGGCAUUCUUCAGUAGUCUAUCCGGAUCAGAAGCAAACCAUUUGUAAUCAGGAUGACGAUCGCUCUGCUCUUGAUGGAGAGAGCAGGGCAAUUGUGCCAUUUGGCUAUAACAUGGCUAGCCCCCCGCUUUCCCCUCACAAUGGGUUGGAGAGCCUUCUUAAAGAGUUAAUGAAUAUACAUGAAAAGUACUCAGCAACAUGUAGAUUAUUCAGUUUUCAGGAACUUUUGCAGGCAACAUCUAACUUUUUGCCCGAGAAUAUGGUAGGCAGAGGUGGCAGCAGCCGCGUUUAUAGAGGGUGUCUUCAUGAUGGGAAGGAAUUGGCUGUGAAAAUCUUGAAGCCGUCUGAAGAUGUGAUAAAAGAGUUUGUUCAGGAAAUUGACAUCAUCACAACUUUGAAUCACAAGAACAUAAUCUCGUUAUUUGGAUUCUGUUUUGAAGAUGACAAUUUAAUCUUGGUAUAUGAGUUUCUUCCGAGAGGAAGUCUGGAAGAGAACCUUCAUGGUCAUAAGAAGGAUGGAAAUACAUUUGGUUGGCAAGAGAGAUAUUACGUGGCUCUUGGUAUAGCUGAGGCAUUGGACUAUCUGCACUAUGGUUGUGCAGAACCUGUGAUUCACAGGGAUGUUAAGUCCUCAAAUAUCCUUCUUUCGGAUGAUUUUGAGCCACAGCUCUCGGAUUUUGGACUUGCUAGUUGGGCAUCAGGUUCAUCGCACUUUAUUUGCACCGAUGUUGCAGGAACUUUUGGUUACUUGGCUCCAGAAUACUUCAUGCAUGGAAAAGUAAGCGACAAAAUUGAUGUCUAUGCUUUUGGUGUGGUACUCCUCGAGCUUCUUUCUGGAAGAAAACCAAUUAACAAUGAAUUUCCAAAGGGGCAGGAAAGCAUCGUAUUGUGGGCAAAUCCAAUAUUAAAGGGUGGGAAGGUUUCCGAGUUGCUAGAUCCAAGUCUUGGCAGCGCGGAAUCUGACAAGGAAAAGAUUGAGAGAAUGAUUCUCGCUGCUACUCUUUGCAUUAGACGGUCACCUAAAUUACGGCCUUGUAUCAGCGUCGUUGUGAAGAUACUCCAAGGCGAUGAGGAAGCCGUGAGAUGGGCGAGGCAACAAGUGAGUGCAUCGGAAGAUGAAGAAGAGGUUGUGGAUGGAGAACCGCUUCCGUCCAACAUCCAAUCCCAUCUAAACCUUGCAUUGCUAGAUAUGGAAGAUGAUUCUUAUUCUCUUAGCGGCAGUGAGCAAAGCAUCUCCAUAGAGGAUUACUUGAGAGGGAGAUGGAGCCGCUCCUCAACCUUUGACUAACAAGAUAAUCACUAUUGUUGUGAGAAUCCAUGCCUUUUCUUUUCUUUUUUUGUUGUUCCAAAAAUUUUGUAUAGUCGGCUGUUUUCGGAAUAUUGUUGGUUAGUUUGUGUCACUUGAAAACAAAAACUGGGUCUUGGAAGAGAGGUUGUUGGAAAGAUGUUUUGCCCCCUCCUUGGCUUAGUAGUAGUGUGGCCAGCAGAAAACUUCUUGUAUUAAAUCCUUCUUUGGUGACGGCAUAAUUUUGCUGUGGAGACUUUUGUUGUUGCAAAUGGGGGUUUGAUGUGGUAAAA